UCUGAGCUGCGAUCAGUCAUGAGCAGCAGUGACACACUCUUCACACACUGGGAACGUAUAGGAGCCUGUGCAUUAGUGCAUCUGUUUCAGCAGGAGUUUGACUGGCAGCACAAGCUGGUGUCAUAGAUUAGCUGAGCACAUACAGCGGAGAGAGAGACAGAGACAGAUACAGACACACUGCAGAUCUUAGUAGCACUGAAGUGCAGAAAUGGAGCAUGUGGGGAAUGUAGAGGUGUGGAGCAGUUCAGGACUGGACGAGAGCGAGAGAGAUAGCAGCAUGAGUCAUGAUGAGGAUGAUGAAGAACCUGAGGAAGAAGAGGAACCCAACGCUAAUGGGCUGUGCAGAGAGCUGGUGCAAGUGUUGUGCUCAGACAGAGUCGGUCAAAUCACAAAGACGUAUCGUGAUAUUGAGGCCGUCACACAUUUGCUUGAGGAGAAAGAGAGGGAUCUGGAAUUGGCAGCCCGGAUUGGCCAAUCGCUGCUCAAGCAAAAUAAAGAUCUGACUCAACGCAACAAGCUACUGGACGAACAGCUGGAUAUCGCCAAGGAAGAGAUAGCACAGCUGCGUCAUGAGCUCUCUAUGAGAGAUGAUCUCCUGCACUUUUAUGCCAGCACUGAAGAUCUGGAGCAUGCCACUGAAACACUACUUAUACGCAAUGAUUCAUCAACAUCUCUUAGUAACUGUGUCAAUUAUGACUUCCUUCAUCAAAAACUCAAGGGUUUGGAGGAGGAGAACUUCAAAUUACGCUCAGAGGCUGAUGAGAUAACAUUCGAGACCAACAAUUAUGAGGAAGAAGAACAGCGGCUUAUGAUGGUGUGUGUGGACGAACUAACGAGUGUAAAUAAGCAGGUCGUAUCGCUGUCAGACGAGUUGGCACGGAGGGUUGAAGAUUCUCUAAGACAACAAGAAGAGAUUAGCACUCUUCUGGCACAGAUUGUUGAUCUGGAACAACGCUGCAAAGGGGUAACCUCUGAGAACGAGGAGCUGACCCAACAUCUCAACGCCUCACGAGAAAUGCAGUCACAGCUUAAAACCGAGCUGAAGGAACUGCAGGAGAGGUACUCUGAAUGUGAAGACAUGCUACAUGAGGCAAGGGAAGACAUAAAAAACCUGCACAAUAAGAGUUUACCCAACAGCACCGUUCAUCGGUACAGCACCCUGGCUGCCAUCCUCCCAAUGGACUCACUUGCGGCUGAGAUCGAAGGAACUUUCCGGAAAGGCCUCGACAGCCCGGCGCCCACUGAGUACAAGAAUCACCCAUUCCGUGUGUUCGAGACUGUGAAAGUGGCCAAUCAGGUGUCUCGGCUGCGUCCUCAAGUCCACUCACCCCAGGUUCCGGGUUCGAGUCCUGCGUCAUUACGCUCCAGUCGAAUCAGUACGCCGCGCACCAGUUAUAAUGAAUCGGACUCUGCUAGCAUCAACUUAGAGGAUAAACACUCCCCGCCGACACACGCACAUGAGCACGGGUCAUUGGAGUUGAAGCGUUUGGGCGAGCCUGGGACACCAGGUGGGCAGGAUUUACAGGCAGCGUUGAGGUCUCUCUCAGAGCGACAGGAGAGUCACACGUCAGAGCGGCCGUUCUUCGAGGUGGAGAGAGAGAGGAAACUUCGAGCCCUCCAGACCGGAAGCAGCGGGAGUGGUGGUGGAUCCAGCGGAUUCUUAACACCCAAUGACAGCGUAGUUUCCACGGGAACCAACUACUCUGGCACCUCCGCACACUCCUCGGGUUCAGGCUCCUCACGCUCGUAUCUGCCUGAACGUCUGCAGAUUGUUAAGCCGCUGGAGGGUUCAGUCACUUUACACCAAUGGCAACAACUUGCGAAACCCAAUCUCGGAGGCAUCCUCCACCCGCGGCCAGGAGUUCUCACCAAAGACUUCAGAGAGCUGGACGUCGAUCUCCAGCAAGUGUAUAGCCUCAAUGACUUGGAGGAGGAUGAACCUGAUCCAUCUAAAUUUCCCAACUUCAUGCCCAGCACUGUGGUCACUUCAUCCGGGCCUAACAUCCCUCAGAACUCUUCCACACUCCCUGUCCCUAGCUGUCAGAUCCUUCAUCCCUCUGCUCUCCUCUCCUCAUUCUCCACCAGCGUUCGGCCCCGCAGUGUAUCCGCUUGUGGAAGCUGUGAGCACGUAAGGCCUUCACCACCCCUCCAGUGGAUCUCUGGGUCCACAACUCACCUCAACCAUACCACCAACCCCUCAUCCCUCGGCCUGCUGCAGUUGGUUUCAGAGCACGGGAUCUCAGCAUCUGCCCAAUCCAUCUUUCCUCUUACUCAAAAAGCCGUGACAGCUCAUACUCUCACCACAGCAUCAGUGGACAGACAGCAGGACUUUGGUACUAUUGCACAAAGAUACAGAGGACAGGGACAUCAGAGCAUUUUCAGCAUCAAUCUCGUGGAAAAACUCAGAAGUCUGGGCCUGUAUAAAGUAGUUGCAAGAGGCUUGAUGGAUUUUAGUAGAAAAGAGAAGCCAGACUCAAAUAGCUGAGCAUUUAUGAGGCAUCGUCUUCCUUGCGGCAUUCAGCUAAUCUAUCCUCAUUUAUUAUGGGGUCUUGUGAAAGCCAUAUCAAUUGACAGACUUUAAGUUUAAGGCUGAUUAGCGUCAAUCUCUUAUUUAAUGUUCGUGGCACUGUUUUUUUAAUCAUCUCUUCAAAAGGGAAUUGUAUUUUUGUUUACUUUUUUUUAAUGUCAUCUCUUGUAGAGAAUCCGUCUUUAAAUCACUGUUUUAAUUUAAGUAGAAAAUGUUAUUUUGUAGCAUCACUACUGAAUACUGCACUAUACUUUACAACCUCUGUUUUGCUUGCUGGCAACCAAGCAUCAGAAGAGCCUGUAGUGUACCCUGAAAUGUUUCUUGAUAGCACUUUUCUGAGCAUUCAGAUUCAGUUUAUUUCCCAGGGGAAUGCAUGGUACAUUAUGUGUGGUUAUGUACUGUACCUGCAAUGUGCACGCUGUAAAAGGAAGGACAAACUCAUUUUUGUGAUGACUGUUGGUGAUUGGGGAAACAUUAUACAGUCCUACUUUUGUACUUUUACUGUGCGUAGUUCAGCAACACCUUGAUGUGCACACACAUACACUCACCCGUGCUUAUAUACUGUAUAUUUAUCAACACAUUUUCACCAGUAAAGUUUGUAUUGUUUAUGAUUGUUUCGCCAGAAUCAGGGAUGCAGUACAUAAAUGACUAAAUUGUGAUGUCACCUUUUUUGCAGUUUAGUUCUCGAGAGCCAUAGAGAAUAGUAACUCAGUUAACUGCUACUUCUCCAUCAACAUUGUAUAUGUGGAUUUGCAAUUGGCAACCAAUCUCACAUUUGGAUGUCAUGAAAAACAUAAUAAGAUAUACAGUGUUUGCUUUUGAGGUUUUCAAAUGGCCAUGAUGAAGUAUUUUCUAAUCCAAAAUCUUAGAAAUAAUAAUAUUUAAAAAUUAAUAUAUUUAAAUGAAAGCAAACACUUCUUGUAUAAUAUGUAAAGAAUUGAUUCACAGGUUAAAUCUCUAAACAGAUGCAAUAUUGUUGUUAUUCAUUAAGUAUCCCACACUGAAGCCCUUGAACUCACUGUAUGUACAUGAACUGUUCUGGGCACUGUAAAAACUUUCGUAUUACAUGGGAAUAAACAUUUCAAUGUA